AUGGAUGGAGCGAGUGACGUGGAUUUGAGGCACGAUCGAUCCAAUCCUUACGGACCACCACCACCACCACCACCACCAUCAUCAUCAAAUCCAAACCAACGGAUGCUGCCAUCCGAGACGCCUCCGUUGCACAACUAUCCUCCGCCUCAAGGCACAGGUAUGCCGCCACCGGCCCCGGCGUGGAACCCUACGCCUUCACCAUACAAUGAAUCCUCUGAGCAUCGGCCACCGCCCCCGGAGAUGGCCCACCAACCAUCAUAUCCCCCUCCGCCUCAGCCGUAUCCUCCUCCCGGUCGAGACACCCCCGGAUACCCUCCGGAUUCAGGAUACGGACGCCCAGGAAGUGUUUCUGGCCCCUCCAGGUCUCCCGCGGAUGUUCAGCAGCAACAGCAACAGCACCCUCAAUAUCACCCUGUGAGUAGCACUCCCGUCGAAUCCCCAUAUUAUCCUCCAGCCCCGGCGGACUACAGAACGCGACAUGCGUAUUCUGCCCCAGAGACCCAGUCAAACGGAACUCACCAACAGCCUCCUCUUCACGUCGUCACAGCUCAUGAGAUGAUGCCUGCCCAGCCUUCUGGCCCCCCUCCCCAGUAUGGCCCUCCCUCAGCAGGGCCGCCUCCAGGACCGACCGGCUACUAUUACGAUGCCUACGCUGCCGGUCAAAGACGAAAACCGGUGCGAGCGGCACAGGCGUGCGACUCGUGCCGCCAGCGAAAGGCAAAGUGUGAUGAAGGAAGACCCGAAUGUCAACAUUGUAAAGACAAUGGUUUGAAAUGCUCCUAUAGAGAGAUACCCCCACAGAAGGCUGAAAAACAGGUUCUUGCCAUUACCGCUCAGUUGGAAUCUCUGAGCGAAGAUGUCAAGAUGUUGGUCCAGAACUCUAAGGCGCAAGAGGAGAAGAUCAACCUCCUUCUCAGUAAUUUUCAGAAGCAAAGCUCGGAUCCGGCGACGGCGGUGGGAGGUGCAACACCAGAUGAGCAAAAGGAAAACGUUCUCCGGUCGCAGAAAAGACCGAGUCCGAACCAGUCCACAUCAAUGGGCUUCCGUAGGGAAGACAGCUCAGAGGUCAGAUCCCUUCCUCGAACCCAGACCCAGCCCUCAACAUCUCUGAAAGCGAAGAACACCGAAGCCGAAACCUUCGAACUUUCUCUCCCCGCCAAGCAUACAACCGCGGCGCAGAAUCUCGUGACGUGGCCAUCGAUUCAGGCUCUCAUUCCACGAGGCAUAACUCCAUCAUAUGUGAUGGACGAGGAAACUGGGAGAGGUUUGUUGCGACUGUACGGGUGUGGUGAGGGAGAGGACAAAGGUGAUGGUCAUGAAGGCGCUCCGAGUCCCGCGGGUAGUUCAUCAUCAGACGGACGCCGCAUGGACGAGGAAAUGUCUUCUUCACCACACGGAGUUUGGGGCAGUGGACAGUUCCACGCUCCGGUGACGUCGACCCAGAGCCAUUCCGCACGUGAACAUCCGGGUGGCGUGAGCCCCCAUGGUGGUCUCAUGCUCGAUUCCGAGGCGGUGGACCGCUACUUUCGGAGCUUUAUGGACAACAUCCACAUCCUACACCCUUUCCUCGAGCCUAAAGUGCUGCGCAAUAUGGUCCACACCUUCAAACGCAAAUACAGCUGGGAUUACCGAGCCACCCAGCCGGCGGCGGCAGCGAUAGGCACCAAAAGAAAGCGCGAAAUAACCGACUCUCCCACGUCUGUGGACGAACACAAUACACCGGGAGGGCAGACGGCUAAUCGGAGUCAUACACGAACAUACACCUCUUCCGUUGCUCCCAUCGAGCACUCGGUGGCCAAUGCCAUAGUGCUGCUUGUCAUAGCCCUGGGUAAGGUUACCGCACACCGGGACCCUUUGCCGGGCCCAGCGACCACUACCACAAUGCGGACUUCAACGCCACAUAGUGCAUUGUACACCGAUUUACCUAUGCCGAUGUCGGCACCUACUUCACCAUUCAACAACCAGGUCAACCUGAAUGGCACCAACAACAUCACGGUCUCAAGCCCCGCAAACCCUCAGGGCAAGAAUAUGGACGCCAUCCCCGGACUUGCGUACUUUGCCAAAGCUGCGGACAUUCUGGGAGAGCUACCGGGCGGCACGGACGUGUCGCAUAUUCAGGCCAACCUUCUGGCCGGAUUGUACAUGGGACAACUGGCCCGCAUUCUCCCGAGCUACUUUUACAUCAACAAGGCUUGCAUAGCUGCUCAGAUACUGAUUGAGUCGACGCCCUACGUGACAAAUACGAUGAAGCUUGCGCGAAGAAAUCUGAUCAACUUUGCAUUUUGGUCGUGUUUGCAGCUGGAAAGUGACAUUGCCGCCGAGCUGGACCUGCCUUUGAGUGGAAUCACCCGGUACGAAAGUAACCAGCACAAGGAAAUGCCGACGGGAGUCACUUUGGAGAGGAUUCCCGAGUUUAACAUGGACGAUGACAUUUUGCGAUAUUAUUCGUACCAGAUCCAAUUGCGAAUGACGAUGAAUAGCAUUCACUCCACGUUGUAUCGUUCCUCGAAGGAUCCGCAUACGAGACCGAGUAUCUCUCUCAUGGCCAUUCUGGAUGAGAAUUUGGAAGAUUGGAGAAAGAUGCUGAAUGACUGGGACUGGGAUGAUAAUGACCACGAAAGCUCCAACAUCAACAUUGCCCGAAUGCGGGGAAAAUACUAUGGGGCCAAAUACAUCAUCUGGCGACCAGCGGUGCAAUAUGCCCUUUCACAGGUUGGAGGCCCGACCGGGAACGACCAGACGUCCGAGUCGCCUGCAGGAUACGGACAAGGCUCCGAACUCACCUCGCCGUCUGUGUCGAACCUUAUCGCACCGGGACGUUCAACAAAGGAAGCACCGCCGAUCAGUCAACAGCUGUUGGACGCUGCCAAAAUUUGCAUCCAGGCCGCCAUCCGCAGCACUACGGUGUUUGACAAAGUCCCUCGACGUCUGGUUACUACCAACAUCUUUGGCACGGCUCACGCACAAUUCGGUAACAUGCUCGUCCUCUACGCUACGUACACUUCACCUCAUCCUGGCUUGAGUUCGCUGGUGGACGAAAGAAUACUGAGGCGAUUACAUGAUCGGACAGUCAGCAUUCUUCGGGAAAAUGAGGCCAUCUCGCCGAUUCUUGCCAAGGAUCUGAAGAUCCUGGAGCAUGUGCGAACAAAAGUUUUUCCGUCUGCAGCAUCUUAUCCAACCGGCAGCACCACCUCCAGCUUCUCGAGUCGAUAG